UUCUUUGUGAUUGUAUAAUAAAUAAAUACAAUAAUUUUAGUUCUCAGUCAGUUUUAAAAAUCAAAAACAUUUGGAAUUAAUUAAUUUUUUUGGCCAAAACUUUGAAGAGAACUUCAUUGUUAGUUAAACAAUAAACUGAUGGAAGAGAGGAGAGUGAUGGCCUCAACACUGGCAGCGCCCGACCGUGUGUGCUCCUGACGCACGGCUCUGGCAACAAGACUGUUGUUUGGACCGAGUGUUAUCAGCGGCUCGGUGGGUGAUGACCUCGCGGACGGGUCGUCUGGAGGUCGCCCGUCAGACCGCCUCCCUGCGCUGCAGUCUCCCGCCAGCUGCCUUCGCUCCGAGGUCCGUCGCGUCUCCCCCCGCCUGCUGCUGCCGCCGCCGUCCGCCGUCUCUCCUCCCGCCCAGGAUACCCGCCCCGUGCUGAUGGUGACGGGUCCCGCUUGCUGUGACAAGGAUAGCUUUCUCGAGGGCCGUGCCCCGCCGCUGAGUCCCAGGGGCGACCUGGAAGACGCUCUGUUCGACUUCUGCUCUGGUUGUUACGAGUUCAGAAUGGCUUCGAUCCCACAAGGUGCAUAUGCUGCUAAAAAGAUCCGUGCUUGCAUUGAUAAUAAAACUAUGUCAGUUUCUAAUAUGAAGGCAUCUGAAAAAUCCAGUUCUCAUCAGUAUUUUGCAUAUGCUAAGAAAGACUUUGAGUACUUGCCAGCCAAGUACAAUGGCAAGAUGAUGAACAGCAUCUGGGGCCUGUACAACAGGUACUCGGUGCACAACAUGAAGAAGAUAACGGAUGGGGAUAGUAGCACGGUCCAGCAGUGGAGCUCCCUCUCAGCUGUGACCUUGGCUCCUCCUUCGUAAGGAGAGCUUCUCGCGCAGGGUUGUCGAGAGGUCUGGGAGCUGCUGCACCGUGGGUAAUAUUACGCUGUGCUGAAGCUGUGAUUCUCGGUAGUUAGAAAUGUAAUUGUUGUGUCAUUAAUCAAACACAUUUGUACUGACUAAAAAUAAUGUGAUAUUUUUGUGAAAUGUUAUUGCAUACUGCAUUAUCAUGUACCUCAUUACAUAAUUUUUUUUAUAGUGAAUACUAAUGUUAAGCAGAUUUUAAUGACAAUUUUAGUACUAUUGUUAGUGUACUGGUUCAUUAAUUUUUAGAAUAAAAUAUUAAUUUAU